CAAACGAUAAGUAUAUAAAGAGCCUACAUGAUUUGAAGUUAUGGGCAGAAACCCAAUUAUAUUCAUGACACAUAAAAUCGACGACUUAACCAGGGUACUCUUCUCGUCAACUUCAAACGCUACUGACCGUCUAUCUUCCUGUCUAUUGAUAUGUCAGGACUGCUCGAUAGAACAAAAGCAUAUCUUGCUGUGAGAAGGCGUGCGACAUCGGCGCAGACAACCCGGCCGGUGCUAACACAAAUGAUGCAAGUGCACACGAAGAAAGUGUCUGCAGUCGCGGUCUUCAAAGACGGUCGACGGAUCAUCACUGCUUCAGAGGAUAAAACCCUGCGAAUCUGGAACGUGAAGAAAAGAAAACUGGUGGGAGGACGAUUUGUGGGACACAGUGGCUUUGUGAAUUCAGUUGCUGUAUCGCCAGACGAUAUGCGAAUUGCGAGUGGUGGAGCAGAUGGAACCAUCAUCAUCUGGGACGUCGAUAGCAAGCAGAUGGUAUUCAACCCGCUGGUGGAGCAUACAAGCUGGGUGUCCUCGGUGUGUUUCUCCCCCGAUGGAAAGAGACUCGCAAGUGGGUCAUAUGAUGAAAGAGCUAUCAUAUGGGACGCGAAGACUGGUGCUGUUCUCUCAACACUCCAGGGUUGGAGUCCGGUAUUUUGUGUCUCCUUCAGCCCAGAUGGGCUGAAAUUAGCAUUUGGAACGGAGUUUACCAUCCGGGUUUGGAACACCAAUAACGUCGAGCUUCUGUUCGAUAUCAUAAUCGCUCAAGUUCAAAGCAUUGUGUGGUUGCCUGGCGGUCAGCAAAUUGUUUCUGCAUCGUAUGAUGAAACAGUCAAGUUCUGGGACUCGUCGAACGGGACCCAAAUCGGUCAACCUUGUACCGGUCACACUUUCUACCCAUCACUUGCCAUUUCUUCUGAUGGCCUCUUCAUUGCAACCGCCUCAGACAACAAUACCAUACAACUGUGGAGCACCAAGUUACACAAGCAGAUAGGACAACCACUCAAACACACCGUAGAUGUUUGCUGCGUUGCAAUUUCUCCCAACGGAGAACUGCUAGUUAGUGGAGACAUUGAUGGGAAUCUUCAGCUCUGGUCCGUCGAGAACACACUUUCUGCAACACUCGGGAUGGAUUCCUCGUACGAAUCCUUCCUUGCACAUCGAAGUAAGGUGAAGUUGGGCCAAAACCUUUAUAUGGACGCCCUUUCGGAUGCGGACAAGGUCAUUGAACUCAACCCUUCUUCUUAUAUCGGGUACGAGCUGAAGUAUGCAGCCCUUCGUGGAGUACGGCACUAUGAUAAUGCGCUCGAGGCUUUUAAGAUACUGCUCUCCAAGUUGGAUGAUGCACUCGACCCACAGAUACGACAGCUACGCCAUCAAUACAUCAGUCUAUCUGAACUAGAAAAUGCUAUUCGACGAGCCAUUCGCGCCCAACUGGAAAACGCUCCACUUCGUCUAAUCAAUACUAUCACUGGGCAUAUAUGUGAUCGAAAUGGACAGAUCAACGCAUUCACGGGGAGUACAGAGUACAAAGAGCUUUUGCUUUCAUUGGGGAUGCGCGUGCCCCUUCAAACAGAGUUCAUCAGAGAAGUAGUUGCGGGAUUCUUCGGUUGGGUCAUGUUAUCCCAUAGGUGGGAAACCGAGGAGCCGCUGCUGUACGACAUUCAAGGCAAGGAGAUAUACGACUUGGAUCCGGUCGGAACCAUUGCAAAGUUGCAGAAAUUCUGCCAAGUCGCUCACAGUGCAGGGCAUCGCUGGGCGUGGGUUGAUACGUGCUGCAUUGACCAGAACAACAACAUCGAGCUACAAGAAUCAGUCAACUCCAUGUUCAUCUGGUAUCACUACUCAGCGCUCACCAUCGUCUACCUAUCAGAUGUCCCGCCCUCGUCAAACUCUGGCGCGCUUGCAAACAGCACUUGGAACACACGAGGAUGGACUGUUCAGGAGUUCCUCGCUCCUAGAAUUGUUCUCUUCUACCAAGCAGAUUGGACCCUAUAUCUCAACAUACGCUCACACAACCACAAGGAGUCUGACAGGAUCAAAAAAGAGUUGGAGCGUUCAACUGGCAUAAGUGCGCGAGCGCUCGCCGACUUCCGUCCAGGGACAAGAGAUGCCCGAGAGAAAUUACAAUGGGCGUCAAACCGUGACACCACUAGGGAGGAAGAUAUCGCGUACUCUUUGUUUGGCAUCUUUGAUGUCAACCUUCCCGUUAUCUAUGGAGAGAAAAGGCAAAAGGCGCUCGGACGACUCUUGCAGGAGAUCAUAGCCCAUUCGGGCGACAUCACAGCUCUGGACUGGGUGGGACGAUCGUCCACCUUCAACAGUUGUCUCCCAGCCGAGAUUUCCUCAUACAAGGCUCCGCCAUACACACCAUCUCUAUCUGGACAAGAUAUGCGUGUAUCGAUCUCCGCGCUGCGACACAUUGUAACUGUGGAGUCGGCUUCGAAACUGUAUACCACUCUUGAGAACCUCGGCGUUCCUCGUUUCGCAAACGCCAGACUGCAAUUGCCUUGCAUUGCAUUUCCUCUCACAGAAGUCAGGCAGAGCCUUGAUCAAGAAGGGGCCAGACGUUUCACUUAUCACGUCAAGGCAGACGGGCUACGAGACCUGCUGGUCACAACGAAAGACAAGCUAGUUCAAUUCUCGCCUGAAAAACGUACUCGGCAAACAUUCUUGCUCGUCCGUCCGUGGAAUCGGUAUGAUCUCGGGCUGAUUAACUUUGCAGAGGAGACGCGGGGCGUUGAAGGUUGGCCCGGGUUUGGGUUUCUGUCAGGUGAUACGCUCGUCGGCUAUCCUAUACACAACGAGCCGGCUAUGCGAGAGUUGAAGUUGAUGGUGCGCCUCAGACAGCCUUUUGGCGGACUCUUACUGGCGCAGCAGUGGGGUGGGGAGUAUAAGAGAAUCGCUUCGGAUAACAACAUCACCGCACAAGUCAGGGACACGGCUUUGGUUGAUGACAUGAUGGACGUCAGGAUGCUGGAGAUAUUGUAGCUGCGAAGAAUGGGACAUUUCAUUUCAUGCAUUGACAAUACUUCCUCAUGAACAGUGUCCCUUGAAUUUUGCAUUAUAUCGGUCUCGAUAUUGAUAUCGACGCGUCGUAUUACUUAUUUCGUCCCAUGCUCUCAAAAUUAGACUUCAAAAUAAUCAUUUCCUGAUCAGCAUCCCUUGACGCGCACUUCUUAUUAGAAUAACUAUCUAGAUGUGUUCUGUAGUACUGAUUAUACCACCCUUAGUACUCAACUGAUGAUUUGACGAAGCA